GCAAAUCGCGCUCAGGCCCCGUCCCACAGUUCAAUAACCUAAUCAUAAGUCUGCUGGCGUUAGACGGCGGCGUGUUAGGUUGUAAUUUAUUUUGACAAAUUUGCCCCAAUUUGCAUUCGUUGCAGGAAGGACAAUCCGAUAGUGACAUGGCGGGCGUUAACAACGCAAUAUGGGGCAAGGCGAGACGGGUGUGCCCGCCGAUAAGGCAACUCAGAGUAACGAUCGCCUUUCGGUGGCAUUUAGUCGAGAGCAGUGCGCUGGGUGAUGAAGAUCGUGGCAACAAUUAUUAAUUUUCGGUUUGGUGCGAAUAGGGAAAGUACUGAUGAUGAUCUCGGAAUAGUUGUUAGAUAGUGCUACGAUUAGAAGGGAAAUUUGUGGAGGUGUUGAUAAAUAAAUGAAAAAUGUCCCAUAGGUGGUUUGUUCGUGUGUGUUUUAUCGUAGGAAUAUGUCUGCUGCAGUCGGUUAUCGGAUUGGUGAAAGAUGAACUGGGGAAUAAGAAUUUGGCAAUUGACGAUCACGAGAUAAAUCACAUUGGCGAGAGUAAUGAUUCCAGAACUAGUAAUGCAGAUCGACCCUCGCAGCGACGAAAACCAUUCCGAGUGGUACAAGCCGAUCGUGAGAAGAAGCAUUUAGAUCUAAAUCUCUUACGAAAGAAGCGAUUUAUUGGAAAUGUUCUAAAUCCGUUUCCGAAAAAUAAAGCUUAUCAGGAGUGCACUACUGCAUCGGGAGCGAAAGGGCACUGCAAGCGCUAUCAACACUGUAAAAUCGUAGAUUCAAAGGACAAUUUAUGGAAAAUGUUGGGACAACUGUGCGUUAUUGAAAAUAUGUCCAUCGGAAUAUGCUGCCCGGAAAACACAGGUGAUGGAGUGGGUCCGGAAUUUUCCGUUCGUCUACCAUCGCAAGCGGACGAUUAUGACCAAGUAGAUGGCUUGGACGGUGACAACACCAUCACCGGUAAAGACAGCCGUGAUCGACAGGAGGAACGAGGUUGUGGAAUAUCGACUAAGCAGCUAUCGAAGAUAGCUGGGGGAGUACCGGCGGAUCCUGGAGAGUGGCCAUGGAUGGCGGCACUUAUUCCGAACAAUGGACAGCAGCAGUUUUGUGGUGGAGUGCUGAUUACUGACAGACACGUCUUGACGGCUGCGCAUUGCGUAUUGAAUCUUAAGAUUCAUCAGUUCCUGGUGCGAUUGGGCGAAUACGACUUCACGCAGUACAAUGAAACUAGGUCGAGAGACUUUCGGGUGACGGAGAUUCGAAGUCAUGUUGAUUUCGAUCCGGUCAGUUACGAGAAUGAUAUUGCGCUGUUGAAGCUAUUCCGGCCAUCAUACUUCAACUCGUACAUUUGGCCCAUUUGCAUGCCCCCGUUGGACGAUUCUUGGAAUGGUUAUCGUGGAGUGGUUGUAGGCUGGGGAACUCAAUUUUUUGGUGGACCACAUUCCAAGAUACUGAUGGAGGUUACGCUUCCAAUUUGGUCCAACAGAGACUGUCAGGAUGUUUAUGUCAAUAGGAUCUUUGAAACGAGUAUUUGCGCUGGUGACUACAGUGGUGGUAAGGAUUCAUGCCAGGGUGACAGUGGGGGCCCUUUGAUGCUACAGCUGCCCAACAACCGUUGGGUGUCGGUCGGAAUCGUCUCUUGGGGCAUUCGGUGCGGCGAGGCAAAUCAUCCUGGAAUCUACACCCGAGUUAGUUCGUAUGUUCGAUGGAUUAUUGAGAAUGCUGUGUUUUGAGAUGUUUUAAAAUAGAAUUGCUUUGUAAUAGUCAAACUUUUACUCUUUGAAAUGCAUUUAUUUUCUGUUCGUGUUUAGAACCAAUAAAGAAAUAUAGAUUCCAGUAAACAA